GGUGCCGCCCGCGCCACCCGGCCCCGCGCCCUCGGGGAGGCCCGGCCGCCGGCCAGGAGACCGCGGCGAGGGCCCGGCGGCGGGCGCGAUCCAGCCGCGGCCCGGGGAUGGAGCUGGACGGGCUCCUGCUGGACGAGGAGGGCGCCUUCUCCCUCAGCGGCUUCCAGGAGUUCACGUUCCUGCCCAGGCACCAACAGCUGAGCGAGAGGGUGCGGAAGCGGCUCUAUUAUGGCUGGGACAAAGACUGCAGCUUGGAUAAUCUCUCCAGCCCCGUGGCAGAUAUUGCCGUGGAGUUGCUCCAGAAAGUGGCUCCUAGCCCCAUCCGCAGGCUCCAGAAGAAAUACGUGUCUCAUGUUUCUCGGGAAGCCUGCAUCUCGCCCUGCUCCAUGAUGCUGGCACUGGUUUACAUUGAGAGACUCCGGCAUCGAAACCCUGAAUACCUCCAGCAGAUUUCAUCUUCAGACCUCUUCCUGAUCUCCAUGAUGGUUGCCAGUAAGUACCUGUAUGAUGAGGGUGAGGAGGAGGAGGUGUUCAACGACGAAUGGGGAGCAGCAGGGAAGGUUGAUGUCCAGACAAUGAACACACUGGAGAUGAACUUCCUGAGUGCCAUUGACUGGAGUCUCUACACAGACCCCCGGGAGCUGUUUGAAGUGCUGAGCUGGCUGGAAGGACGUGUGGCAGAGAAGCAGGGCACGUGGCGUGGCUGGUUCACCUACACGGAUCUGUGUGUCCUCCUGGAGCAGUCCUUGUGGCAGCAAGCGCUGGGCCAGUUCUACCAGCAGGUGGUGAAGCUGGCCUGCCUCCUGGGUGUCGUGUACCUGACCGGCUUCGUGGCUGUCUUCGCCUCCGUCACUGCGGUGCACCGGGCUGUGUCUGCGAGGAACCUCGGCCCUGCGGCCCCCCGGCCUGCGCUGUUGCCUGCGGAGGGCAGCUGCCAGCUGGAUGCCCUACUGCCCCUGGCCCCGAGCCAGACUCAGCCUGAGCUGCCUGCUGUUUUUCCAGCCAGCAGUGCCCGGUGCAUGGGGAAGAACGAGACAGCUGAUGAGCAGCAUCGUGGGGGAGUCACAGCAACCGCGCUCUACCUCUGGGGUAGCGUGAUGACAGCUCUUUCCUAUGCUGAGGUGCCCGGUCCUGCCCCACACAGGAGUUCCCCACAAGGUCCCCUCCGGAGAGUGCCCAGCGCAUGUGAGAGAUCCAACCGUACAGUCCCUGCCACAACUCUUAGCCAGCCUGGUCCCUCUGGACUUGCCCUGCUCCCAGCUCCUCCAGUGCUUCACUGCCACGCGUGCUCUGCCAGCGUUGGCCCAACCUGGGAUUCAGUCUCCAACCGCAAGGACUGGCCGGAACCCCUAGGGCUGAGGCAGUGCUCCUUGCACAUGGCCCUGGAUCUCAGCAGAAUCAAAAGCUUUAUUUUUCCCAGCUAGGAGCAUGGGGCAGCCCUUUUCCCUCCCUUUCCAGUGUGGCACAACUCACUUCCUUGCACUUCUGGGAUCCUUGAUCCCUGGGGCUGCACAGGGCUGGGGGCCCCUGUGUUACUUCCAAACCAGCAUUUGUGUGGUGUUGUUGUUGUUCCCACCCCUACUCCAGGGCAGAGGUUUCCUUCACUUUGGGUGCUGCAGAGCAUUGGGUGCUGAGACAAGGGCAUAUUAGCUGAAUAGUAGGGUGUGCUUGCCUAGGGUGCUAGGUAAGGGAGAGUCCUGCUUCAUGCAGGAGCUGCAUGGCCCUUGGUGCCUUGGGGGCAGAGGUGAUGUGUGGGAUGUAGGACACUGGGGCUGUGCAGAGUGGAGGGCCCGGGCUAGUGACCCUGGCCAGGGGGAGGCAGUGUGGCAUGGGGAUGGUGUGCAUAGUUGAGGGGAGAGGAGGAAGGAGGUGGAAGCAGCCCUUGCUGGCGUGCCCCAGCAGCAGCUCCCCUUUGGGAGCUGCAGGCUGCCUCUCAGGAGAUGCAGGGAUCACACUAUGAGGGGACUCUGAUGUGGCUGUGCCCCAAGGAAAGGGUGUGUCCUGUGUGGCUUGGGGGUGGCGAGGUGUGGCUGGGGAUGUGUCUCCUUGUACUGCCUUGAGUGGACUCUUUGAAUGCGGGGUACUCUGUGACCCCAUCUCAAAUCCUGGCUGCCUGGAGCUAAGGACAGCAGUGCCUGACUGCUCCUCGGGGCAGGGAGAAGGCAGCUUGUCCUGCUGACCAGCCCAGCUCAUUGCACCCCUUCUUUUUACUCUGGAUUUUACACCUGUUUUUCACUCUUUUGUAGAUGCAAAUCUCUUCCAAUAAAAGUAGUUCUUGCUGUGCA